AUGUCAAGCUCAGCUACUCACGCCAAUGGCGACGGUGGCGACGGUGGCAAUCACGCCAAUGGCAACGGUAGCAAUGGCAAGUCGACACUGGACGACCGAACAGUCCCACCCAUGGGCAUGACCGGCCAACAGUUCCUCGAAGCUGCCACUUCAGUCGUGAACGAGAUUGAGCAAUACUACACCAACCUUGCAAGCAGACCGGUACUACCUUCAGUCGCUCCAGGAUACAUCCGAAAGCUCCUUCCGGAAACGCCGCCUGAAGAUGGCGAAAGCUGGCAGGACAUUGAAAAGGACAUUGACCGAACCAUCAUGCCUGGUAUGACGCACUGGCAGCAUCCCAAAUUCAUGGCUUUCUUCCCUGCCACGAGCACGUACCCGGGCAUUCUGGGGGAGAUGUGGAGUGCUGCCUUGACGGCUCCUGCUUUCAACUGGAUCUGUGCUCCGGCUGUGACGGAGCUCGAGACAGUGGUGAUGGAUUGGAUGGCACAGAUUCUUGCACUUGCACCUCGCUUUCAUUCCAAGGGCACUGGUGGAGGCGUCAUCCAUGGCUCUGCCAGCGAAGCCAUCCUUACGGUAAUGAUCGCCGCCCGAGAACGUUACGUCCGUCGCCAGCUCGCGCGGGAAAAUAUCACCGACCCAGAAGAAAUCGAAGACCGCUCUUGCGAGUUGCGCUCGACACUGGUGGUGCUCGCUUCCGACCAAGCUCACUCUUCGAGCCGAAAAUCGGCCAACAUGGCCGGGAGUCGCUUUCGAAGCAUCGCAACACGUCACGAAGAUGCCUACGCCCUCAAAGGUCCCGACCUGCGACGCAAGAUCGAAGAACUGGAGAGGAAAGGUCUCCAUCCAUACUACCUGACCGUCUGCAUCGGUUCCACAUCUGUCUGUGCAGUAGAUGACUUCGAAUCCAUCGCUUCCGUAGCAAAGGACUACCCGGACAUCUGGAUCCACGUCGAUGCAGCCUACGCUGGCGCAGCGCUAGUCCUCCCAGAAUACCAACAUCUCUCCUCCCAAAUCGCCUUUGUCAAUUCCUUCAACAUCAACAUGCACAAAUGGCUCCUCACCAACUUCGACGCUACGAUUCUCUACGUCCAGAAGCGAAGAGACCUGACAGACGCCAUGAGUAUCACCCCAUCCUAUCUCAGAAACCAAUUCUCAGACAGCGGGCAGGUCACCGAUUACAGGGACUGGCAGAUCCCCCUCGGACGCCGCUUCCGCUCCUUGAAGAUCUGGUUCAUCAUUCGAACCUGGGGCGUCGCUGGUCUUCGAAACCAUAUCCGACAUCACAUCUCCCUUGGGAAGCUCUUCGCCAAUUUGGUGCGUUCCAGGAGCGAUUUGUUCAGUAUUCUCACUCCGCCGGAUUUCGCUCUCACUGUCAUCACGGUGAAUCCGUACAUGUGGCAGGAUUUCCGACUCGCUCAUGGCGCUGUCGCUGGGGCCGAUCCGCGACCUUACCAGGAUAGUCAGAUGCUUGUGGAUCCGUGGACGAGUGCCGGAGAAUUGGAAAGGGCGAAUAAGAUCACGGAAGAAGUGUAUGAGCUGAUCAAUCAGGGCAAAGACUUCUAUUUGACGAGCACGGUCGUGGGAGGGGUCUACGCCAUCAGAGUCGUUUCGGCGAACCCCCUCGCGGAGGAAAAGUACGUACGACAAGUUUUUGAUGUCUUGGUCUCGACGACCGAGGAAGUGAUGGCGAAGCAUUGGAAUGCGGGUGAUGUGAAAAUGGAGAGAAAAGAUAGCCGGGUUUAG